CCCGCGACCAUUUGCGACGCAGCAGCAAGAUCGGGGAAUACGUCUGAAUGAAGCAAAGAUUGUCUUUGGAGACGGGUCGUUGCAAGUGUCAGUCACCUACACUGGCUGCAAGCAUUGCUGGGUGGUUGUGAUAGACGACGAAUGCUGGCGGGCCAUCCCUCCAAUGCUCCGCACGUCCAUAUCCAGUCUUACCAACAAGCUGCCACUGAUGCUACACUCGCAAACCUCUCGCCUCCGCAGUCAGUCCGGCAUCUCCCAGCCACAAUGCCCAACAGGAACCCGCCCGCAGGCAGCCAUUGACCCGGACUCACCUCUGUGGCGCAUCCGCGCUGGUUCCCGCGCGGGACGUGGCGCGAAGCUGAUGCGGACGACCUCCCUCGUCGAAACCGCCCAGGGCUUCGGGAGGUGGUCAGGGGCGGGCUCACGGUAUUGUUGGUCGGACGAUGAAUGGGGGCAUUUUUCUCCAGCUAAUGCACAAAAGACUCGAUCGGACUGGGCAGUGAUGCCAACGCGUGACCCGAGCGUCCCAAUCCAGCUCUGCCGGAGCGUCGUUUUUUUCGCUUCGCCACCAACAGCUGGCGCAGACGGCGAGCCCCUCUUCUGUUCCUCCACGCAUUCUGCGGAAUCAGCGCUUCCGGUGAAUGCCGACCAUCAAGAUGUUUUGGUGAACUAGUGGCAGGACGCCCGCGCAUGCCCGGCAUGGCCUGGCUUCGUGCCAAGCUUGCGAGCUGGCGCAAGCACGGACUCAAGCCUCAUAUUGGCGUGGCGGCAUGCUCUGGCGGGCCGUUCCAUGAGUUAUAAGAUAUGGGCGCUCGUGGUGGGUGCCCGUACGAAGGCUUGGAGAUGGAGGUCGAGCCGUGGUUCACCGUUGCAUUCAAGACGUAGCUGGCUCUGAAGGCUCUCGUCUUUGUCCGUUGAUGAACCUGGCUGCCCCGUUCACGCUCCCCGACCGUCGUCUGGAUCAAGCCUGCCUGGUUCGCACCAGCUGUCCGAGAUGUCGGCCCCCGUGCAAAGCGCCGCCGUGCCGGCUCCCGUGCAGAGCGCCGUCAUCAUCCAGUCGCCCGGCCGGGCGGCGCUGGUGCGCAACAGGCCGAUCCCGCCCCUCCGAGACGGAUACAUCCGCAUCAGGACCGUCGCGGUGGCGGUGAACCCGUGUGACUGGAAGCAGGUCGACGGGCUCGGGACCCCGGGGGUCAUUCUCGGGUGCGACUACGCCGGCGUGGUCGAGGACGUCGGACCGGGGGUGCGAAGGCCGUUCAGGAAGGGCGACCGGGUGUGCGGCUUCGCCCACGGCGCCAACGCAACCUUCCCCGAGGAUGGGGCGUUUGCGGAAGUCAUCAUCGCCAAGGCCGAUGUGCAGAUGCGCAUGCCCGACCACCUCAGCUUCGAGGACGCGGCGACCCUGGGGGUCGGCAUCAGCACCAUCGCCCUGGGACUGUACCGGAACCUCGACCUCGCGCUGCCGGCGGCGCGGCAAGCCUCCCAUCGGACGCCCAUCCUCAUCUACGGCGGGUCCACGGCGACCGGCGUGUUCGCCAUCCAGUUUGCCAAGCUGUCGGGCUAUCACGUCUACACGACGUGCUCGAGCAAGAACUUUGACCUGGUCAGGGGCUUCGGCGCCGACGUGGCGCUCGACUACCACGACCCGCGGGCGGCCGCGCGGAUCCGACAGCUGUCCGACGACGCGCUCGCGCUCGUCUUCGACACCAUCUCGGACGAGGAGAGCGUCGGCUUCUGCCUCGACGCCAUGUCCACCCGCGGCGGGGACUACAGCUACAUCAACGGGCUGUCGGGCGUGUCGUUUCCGGACAACGUGCGCGCCAGCUUCGCGGGCGCCUUUACCGUCCUGGGCGAGGGCUUCUACUACGGCGAUACCUGGUACUGCGCGGAGCCGAGCGACAACAUCCUCAUGGAGAACCUGGCCUGGCUCUCCGAGGACUUGCUGUCGAGCAACGCGCUCCGCCCCCACCGCGUGACCCUGGGCCGCGGCGGCCUCGGAGGGGUGCUGGACGGCAUGGACCGCUUGCGCAAGGGACAGGUCAGCGGGGAGAAGCUGGUUUAUAGGGUGGACGAGGGCCCCAGGUGCAAGUUGUAAGGGACGCUGUGCUCUGUCGGUCUCGACGAAAAUGGCUUGGGAGCCGUGCGGUGCCGGGCCUCACAUCCCAGGAGCAGAUUGAUAAGACGCGGUCACAAGACACGAG